GACCUCUCCGAAACCCCCAAUUCAAAAAGAAAAUAUCGGUUUAGUUUAGAGGGGACCAUUUUAAAUACCGAUCACUUUCAAAAUAAGCGGAGUAGAUUCGAAAACGUUUUUCGUCGACAGAGUGGAUUAUUUACAGAUGGAAUGAUACAGAAGUUGGUGUGAUUUCAUGGGAAGGAUUUAAUACUGAAGUCAGGAAUUUAUACCAGGUUUAGUUACGAGAUAAAGCCAUGUGGAUUUUGACGCAGGUGUUUGGUGUUUUGGUUCUUCUGCUGGCAGCAACCUAUGCACAAACUGGCUGUGACAGUGGUCCGUGUAAAAACGGAGCUACGUGUCAAGGGUUUACAAGUCUGCCAGAUUUCUUUGUAUGCACGUGUGAACAAGGGUUUCAAGGAAAUACAUGUGAACAAGCAAUCACUGCUUGCACCAGUGAUCCAUGUCAGAAUGGUGGGCAGUGUUUUCUACAGAGUGGAGUCAGCGGCUAUACGUGUGUUUGUACAUCAGAUUGGGCUGGUACCAACUGCGAAGUUGAAAAGGGUCCAUGUGAAAGCUUUCCAUGCCAAAAUGGCGGGGCUUGUGUUACAGGUUUUAACGCCGCCUUCUAUACCUGUACAUGUCCGGAUGGGUUUAUCGGUACCAACUGCGAUAUAGUAUUUGUUGACGAUAACUGUGCGUCUGGUCCAUGUAAAAAUGGAGGGACUUGUUUAAACUUCGGCGGUGCUUUUUCAUGUUCAUGUCCGUCAGCGUGGUCUGGCCUGACCUGUGAAACCGGUAACCCUUGCCUGAGCAAUCCAUGUCAGAACGGGGGCAUCUGCAACAACUUCGAGUCAUUCUUCACCUGUACUUGUAUUAAUUCAUGGAUGGGAGUGGUCUGUGCAGAGGGACCUUGUAAUAGCAACCCCUGUCAGAAUGGAGGAGUCUGCACUGAUGCUUCAGAUGCUUCAUUCUUCUCAUGUGAUUGUCCUUCAGAAUGGUUAGGUACCACUUGCUCAAUAGGGAAUGCUUGCAUACUAAAUCCAUGCAACACAAACGGCCAGUGUACCCCAACAACAUCAGGAGCUGGGUAUACAUGUUCGUGUUUUAUCGGCUGGGAUGGAACCAAUUGCGAUGAGGCCAAUCCUUGUGAGAGUAACCCGUGUGGUUUGAAUGGAGUUUGUCGUAACAACAACACUGACUACUACUGUCUCUGCCUCAAUGGAUGGGUUGGAGAUAUGUGUCAAGCUGCCGAUCCUUGCCUGAGUGGACCAUGUCAGAAUGGAGCUGGUUGCACAGGAGAUCCUACUCAAUACACAUGCUCUUGUCAAUCAGGAUGGGUUGGAGAAACGUGUAUUAUUGUGGGUGAUCCUUGCCUUCUCCAGUCACCCUGUAAGAAUGGAGCAACGUGUGUCAAUCCAUCCACUGGUUUGUACAACUGCACUUGUGCCAUAGGCUGGCUUGGUACUAACUGUGAUAUUGUUGAUACAUGCCUGCCUGCACCAUGUCAGAAUGGAGGAAACUGUACUGUAGAAGUGGAUGGUUAUUCAUGUGCAUGUGAUGAUGGAUACACUGGUACCGAUUGUGAAAUAGCCAAUCCUUGCAUUGUGAACAACCCGUGUGAAAAUGGAGCCACAUGUUUCAACUCUGCUGGAACUAGUGAAUAUAACUGUACAUGUGCAGGGGGAUGGCGUGGAACUCAGUGCCAGAUUGAGGACGUUUGCUUCGUCAAUCCCUGUUCCAAUGGUGGAGUUUGUGAAUACUUUGGUGACACUGCGUUUAAUUGUACUUGUCCAGGCGGAUGGAUUGGGGAUACAUGUCAUGCAGAUGAUCCAUGUUUGCCGAGCCCAUGUCAGAAUAAUGCAACGUGUAUUCUGGAUGGCCUGAGUAAUUAUGUGUGUAAUUGUGAGACUGGCUGGACAAGCACAAAUUGUGAAAUAGAGGAUGCUUGUCUGAGUGAUCCAUGUCAGAAUGCUGCUACAUGUACAAACACAAACCCUGGGUACGAGUGCGUUUGCCCUGAAGGAUGGCUGAGUACCAACUGUGAAAUUGCCGAUCCAUGCUUCAGUAAUCCAUGUAACAAUGGAGGUACUUGUAACGUCAUGUUAGGAGAUACUGACGCUAACUACACGUGUACAUGUCUUCCUGGGUUCCUGGGUUUCAACUGUGCUCAAGUGGAUUUUUGCUUCAGUAAUCCCUGUCUCAACGGAGCAACAUGUGAGAUACUACUAGAUAAGUACACGUGUCACUGUGUAGAUGGGUUUCUGGGUCAGAGAUGCGGAACAGUUGACUAUUGUUUCAGCAAUCCGUGUCAGAAUAAUGCAACAUGUACUAGGCGGACUUCUGGUGGACAGGGGUAUGAUUGUCAAUGUGAAGCUGGCUACCUUGGUACCCAUUGUGAGAUAGAGGAUUUUUGCAGCAGUAAUCCUUGCCAGAAUGGAGCUACGUGCACACUGGACCCCUUUGUUGGCUAUAGCUGUAUGUGUUCAGAUGGCUUUCUGGGUACACACUGUGAUAUCGGCACGGAGCCCUGUGCCUCACACCCCUGUAUGAAUAAUGGAACAUGCUCACAAACAAACGACUCGUACAUCUGUCAGUGUUUAGCUGAUUUCAAUGGACGUAACUGUGAGGUUGAUUUCUGCAGCAGUGAUCCAUGUCAGAACCAAGGAAUGUGUAACCUGCUCUCGGAUGGCUAUGACUGUAACUGCCAAGUUGACUUCUUUGGUACUCACUGUGAAUUCUUUGAUCACUGCUUUUCCAAACCCUGCAUGAACAAUGGAACAUGCCAGCUUCUUACCGAUGCCAUUGGUUAUAACUGUUUGUGUGUAGAUCCCUACACAGGAAAAGAUUGUGAUGACGUUGAUUUUUGCUUUGAUGAGCCAUGUCAGAAUGGAGGUACCUGUCAGCUAACAUCCAAUGGUUAUAACUGUCAAUGUGCGGCUGGGUAUCUUGGAUCCGAUUGUGAAAUCACUGACUACUGUGCAAGCAAUCCAUGUGUGACGGGUUCAUGUGCCCUCAUUAAUAAUUCCUACGCAUGUUCCUGCGAUAACGGCUUUGUAGGAGUAAACUGCGACAUUGUGAACCACUGUAACAGUCAGCCGUGUAUGAACAAUGGUGGAUGUCAGUUAUUGGAGGAUGGCUACAUCUGUACUUGUACAAGUGAAUAUGUAGGAACACACUGUGAAAUAGAGAAUUAUUGUGUGAGUGAUCCAUGUUUGAAUGGAGCAGCCUGUAAACUAGAGAUGAGUGGAUAUGUUUGCCAGUGCAUUGCUGGUUACAUUGGAGUCAACUGUCAAAUAGAGGAUUAUUGCUACAAUAACCCAUGUAUGAAUGAAGGAAUAUGUCACCUACUAGCCAAUGGAUAUAACUGUACCUGUGUAGUGCCAUGGAUUGGAGAUCAAUGUGAAAUACCAAUACCAUGCAACAGUAACCCAUGCCAGAAUGGAGGAACAUGUACUGAAGUAGGUGCAGAGUACCAGUGUAGGUGUCGACCAGGUUGGACCGGUGAUGAGUGUACAUUCGGUUUUGACAAUCCUUGUGCCAGUGAUCCAUGUUUCAAUGGAGCUACCUGUAUAUUACAGAAUGCUAACACUGCAUUCAUCUGUGACUGUACACCAGGCUGGGCUGGCACACUCUGCCAGGGAUUCGUAACCUAUGAGCCCUGUUCCAGUAACCCCUGCAUGAAUGGUGGCGUGUGUACCCCUUCCAACUCUUUCUAUACUUGCGGAUGUACAGGAUUUUUCUAUGGAGAUAACUGUGAACUCGAGAGUCCAUGUGCUAGUAACCCAUGUCUGAAUGGCGCAGAGUGUCGUCAUGUUAUUCAUGAUACGUAUGAGGAGUACCAGUGUGAUUGCCUUAUCCUGUAUAGCGGAACCAACUGCCAGUAUCCUAAUCCGUGCCUGAGUGUACCAUGUAUAAACGGUGGUACAUGCGUAAAUCGUGGCUCUGCAUACACCUGUGCAUGUCCUGCAAACUACGCUGGAGUGGAUUGUGAAAUCUUCACAUCCCUUCCAUGCCUUAGUUCACCGUGUGAGAAUGACGGGGUUUGUCUUAACACUGGUGAUGGUUAUGAAUGCUCUUGUGUUAAUAACUAUGUAGGUCCUAAAUGUGAAACAUUGGUGAACCCAUGUCUAAGCUACCCAUGUGAGAAUGGAGGUUCCUGCUUCCAGUCUGCGUCAUUCUAUAGCUACAUAUGUGAUUGUUACGCUGGCUAUGGUGGAACGCACUGUGAAAUAUUGCCCACACCAUGCGCCAGUAAUCCAUGCCAGAAUAAUGGAGAAUGUUUCACUAAUGUAGUUGGACUCAUCUACUCAUUUGUGUGUAUCUGUGAAGACGGAUUCGGAGGCGUCAAUUGUGAAAGAGAAACGAAUCCAUGCAACAGUUCUCCAUGUCAGAACAAUGCAUUCUGUUACUCAACCGGUACAGGUUAUGGAUGCUCCUGUGUGGAUGGAUGGUCAGGUACCAACUGCCAAGUCGAACCUGAUCGGUGCAGCAGUUCUCCAUGCCAGAAUUCUGGGUUCUGUUUUAACAGCGUAGUAGGAUCUGACUAUCAGUAUGUGUGUUUCUGCACUCAGGAGUUUGGAGGAAUCAACUGUGAAAUCCCAGUACAAGUACUUUCCUGUACAAGUCAGCCAUGCCAGAACGGAGGAUCGUGUUUUGAAGUGUCGUCUUUAGGCUCCUAUACCUGCGUAUGUCUCAGUGGAUACAGUGGGACCAACUGCCAGAUUGAUAUGACCAAUCCAUGCCUGAAUAACCCAUGUGCCAAUGGAGGCAUCUGUUCUACGAUGGCCAACACAGAAGGCUAUCAGUGUACAUGUUUUAAUGGCUUCAGUGGAUCAAACUGUGAAAUAAAUUUAGCUGAUCCUUGUGGUAGCUCUCCAUGCCAGAAUAGUGGCUCAUGUUUCCCAUACAACACUGGCUUCGUCUGUAACUGUCCAUCAGGCUUCUAUGGACUACAGUGUGAAUCAGUUUUGAAACCAUGCGCCGAUGCCACGUGUCUAAACGGCGGCCAGUGUUUGUCUAACAGUAUCACUGAGUAUGUGUGUCAGUGCCCAGUUGGAUAUGGUGGCACCAACUGCGAAUCAGUGUAUGACUUGUGUUCUAGUAACCCAUGUCUUAACCAAGGAACGUGUAUCAACCUGGGAAGCUCCUUUCAGUGUGUAUGCCAACAGGGGUUCUCUGGUGAUAGCUGCCAAUUCGUUGACCUACCGUCCGACCCUUGUCUGAGUCAGCCAUGUCAGAAUGAUGGCUUCUGCUUCACAUUGGACCUCAACCAGGCUUUUCAAUGCUUUUGUAGACUAGACUACACUGGUAUUCUCUGUCAAACACCUCCUGCUCCCCCUGUGAAUCCGUGCGAUAGUUCCCCAUGCCAGAAUGGAGGAAUCUGUUUCCGUAGCGGCAGUAGAGAGGUUUAUGUUUGUUCAUGUUCUGAUGGCUUCAGUGGAAUACACUGUGAAAAUGCUGACUUUGUGAAUCCGUGCGACAGUUCCCCAUGCCAGAAUGGAGGAGUCUGUUUCCGUAGCAGCAGCAGAGACAAUUAUCUCUGUAGCUGUAUCAACAGUUACACUGGGACUCAUUGUCAAACUGCUGACUUUGUGAAUCCGUGCGAUAGUUCCCCAUGCCAGAAUGGAGGAGUCUGUUUCCGUAGCAGCAGCAGAGACAAUUAUCUCUGUAAUUGUAUCAACAGUUACACUGGGACUCAUUGUCAAACGGCUGACUUUGUGAAUCCGUGCGAUAGUUCCCCAUGCCAGAAUGGAGGAGUCUGUUUCCGUAGCAGCAGCAGAGACAAUUAUCUCUGUAGCUGUAUCAACAGUUACACUGGGACUCAUUGUCAAACGGCUCCAGUACCUGACAAUGCUUGUGAUUCCACCCCUUGUUUAAAUGGAGGAGCCUGUUUCCAGCAAGGUUCUGGUUAUAUAUGUGACUGUGCAGAGAAUUUUGACGGAAACAACUGUCAAACUUAUGUAAUCCCUGUGGAUGUAUGCCUAAGUGGACCAUGUCAAUAUGGAGGAGUAUGCUACAAACAAGGCACGGGAUAUGUUUGUGCAUGUGCGGGUGGCUACACAGGUGUCAACUGUGAAAUAGUGACGGAUCCUUGUGGUGGUAAUCCAUGCUUAAAUGGAGGUAUUUGCCAGUCCAGUUCCUCUACUCAACUCACCUGUUCUUGCCAAGGGGGCUACACUGGCAUCUUCUGUGAAACAGCAAAUGGUUGUGUUAGUCGUCCAUGUCUGAAUGGUGCAGCCUGUAUAGCCCAGUCCGACAGUGGAUUCCAAUGCCAGUGUUUAAGCUCACAGUAUGUUGGCACAUACUGCGAAAUUGAAUUGAAUCCGUGCUUGAGUAAUCCGUGUGGUGUUGGUGGUACUUGUGAUAAUGGCUUUACAUCGUAUCAGUGUUACUGUUCAGUAGGUUGGUCAGGUCUCAACUGUGAAGUCUCUCCAUGUGAUGAGAACCCAUGUCUGAAUGGUGGACUGUGUGUAUUGGAUGGGUCCGAUCUAAGAUGUCAAUGUACACCAGACUGGACUGGUGACCUAUGCCAACGAGCGAGUGAUAUAUGUUCAAGUAAUCCAUGUCAGUUUGGAGGAAGUUGUGUGAUUUCUCAACCUAAUGUUUAUACAUGCACGUGUGCUGAUGGCUAUGUUGGAACCCACUGUGAGAUUUCUAUUCUACCAUGUGAUAGCUCACCCUGUAUGAAUGGUGCAACCUGCUUACCUGUCUUCACUACUGGUUAUGUCUGUCAAUGUCGUCCUGGAUACGUAGGGGAUACCUGUCAAACUGUGCGAGAUCCUUGCAUUCCUAACUUCUGUCUACAUGGAGCCAUCUGUGAAGCCCAUGGUGCUGGGUUUUCAUGUAACUGUCAGCCACACUACACAGGUCCACUCUGUGAUGAGGUGGUAGUAUGUGAGCCCAGUCCAUGUAAUGAUAGAGGUGUUUGUUUAGUGACUGAGGCUGGAAACAUUAAUGGAUAUACAUGUGACUGUCAAGAUGGAUGGCUGGGUCUACAAUGCCAAACAGCUGAGAUUGACCCAUGUGACAGCAGUAUUUGUCAGAAUGGAGGCAUUUGUCGUUCUCAGUCAAUAGGCUCACCCAUCAAGAACUUUGAAUGUUUAUGCCCUGAGGAAUGGAGUGGAAAGACAUGUCAAAUAGCGGAUCAGUCUGUGUGUGGUAGCAGCCCAUGCUUGAAUGAUGGACAAUGUAACAAUCUUGGUGAUGGAUAUGAGUGUAUAUGCCCUGAUCACUACACUGGCCUUCUAUGUGAACAAGCCAUUAUUGAAGACCUAUGUGGAAGCAACCCGUGCCAAAAUGGUGGAACUUGCCAGCAACAAAUGUUUGAAUAUGUGUGCCGCUGUCUGCCGACUAACAGUGGAACUCACUGUGAACUAGUAACCGAGUGUGGAGGAGCCAAGAUCAUCCCAUCAAGUGGUACCUUAAACAUUGCCUCUCCCAACCACCCUGCUAACUAUCCCGAUAACUUAGUAUGUACCUGGUCCAUCUCAUCAGCCACCAAUACUAGCAUCAGAGCCCACUUCCACACCUUCACCACCCAGGCUCCUAAUGAUAUCCUGAGUGUUUUUGAUGGAUUCACAACGGCUACGGCUAACCGGGUCAUGAUUCACUCUGGCAGUCAGAUUCCUAGCGAUGUGGAAGUUGACGGGCAGAGGAUGACCAUCAAGUUUGCAACGGAUGAGAUUGUGUCUUUAGGAGGGUUUGAAGUCAUGCUGGUUGAGAUUGGAGGCGGACAAGAUCCUUGUACACCAGAUCCAUGCUAUAAUGGUGGUCUCUGCACUAAAGUUGGUUCUAGUUACUCAUGCAAGUGUCUGCUUGGGUACUAUGGACCUCGCUGUAGGACAGCUGGUCCCUGUUCCCGUACUCCCUGUGUUCCUAAUGCAGUUUGUCAUGAGAGUACCGAUGGAUCUUCAUUUGGCUGCACAUGUGUUUCUGGCUGGACUGGAACCAACUGCGACAUUGCUGACUGUACAUUAGAGACAUGUUAUAAUGGAGGUACAUGCAACCAACAGAGUGACGGCAGCCAUGUUUGUCUUUGCUUCAAGGGCUUUGUGGGAAGCAGAUGUGAAAUAGAUUUAGAUGAGUGUGGUAGCAAUCCAUGUCUGAAUGCUGGGCUCUGCAUUAAUCAAGUAGGAGCAUAUCGCUGUCUGUGUUCCAGCACAUACACUGGAACUAACUGUGAGAAUAGUAAGAGUGAUAGUGCUUCUAAUAGUGAUUCCAACACCUCCGAUGGUUCAGCAGCUGUGAUGGAUACAUGGCUUAUCGCAGUCGUUGUCCUUGCCUCAGUCAUUCUUGUCAUCGUCACAGUACUCGUCGGAUGUAUCGUCUACAAUCGCGGCAAAACGGCUCAGUCGUUAUACAAGCAGAAGUACUCAGACACGACGCCAUUUAAGGAGCGCGCCAAUUGGCAGAUGCGUACUGGACAUGGUACACGCCCACCCAAUGUAAUAAGGGCUACACCUCGGUCACCAGUUAACAGGCAACCGGUGUAUGCAGAGUAUGCGUUGGAAGGAGAGUUGUUUGAGUUGCAGAGUACCAGGAGUGCCAACUCGAAUAACAGUAGCACUGUGUCCUACAGCUGAUGUGUUAACAUCAAUAUAAACAAGUUAGUGUUACUAACUGACUGCAAUGUAUAAUGUUAGUUAACUCUUUUUCAUUUUUUUAUAAUAGUGAAUAUAUUAAUGAAUCAUUGGACAUGUUGUUUUCAUGAAAGCAUUUUUUUUCUUCAGUGUGUGCAAAAAAGCUUUACUUCUGGGACUAGGCACACUCCAGCGAUAAAAUAAACGAUAACACGCAAAGAGAACGCAUUCUAUUGGUGGAAUUGCUCCACGCAGAAUACGCCCACCCUCAUUCAACCAAACGAGGGCGUGCAUUGUUAACAUUAUUGAUUUAGUUCUCGUUAUUGGGGCCUGUGUGACCGGGCCUUUAUAGACCAUAAAAACAGUGCACAUUCAUGAAUAUUAAAGAAAGCAAUUCAAUUCAAUUCAAUUCAAUCAACAUUUAUUACCAAAUCACAAUAUUAAACAGUUGUUUGUUUUAACAAUCUUGGAUAACAGUUGACUAACCAAAUCUCAAUGAAGAUGUACAAAUGUUAUACAAAAUUGGCAUAUUUGACUGGAAAGAUUUAGCAACGGUUUCACCACGGACUGAUGACUUCCAAAGUUGCGUCCCUUGGUCCUGACUUUACUAGAAAACGUUGCUUAAAGACACUGGACACAAUUGGUAAUUGUCAAAGACCAGUCUUCUCACUU